UUGUCCCCUUCUCCUCCUUUUCUCAUCAGUCACCAGGCGAAGCCACAUUUCAAAACACCAAACCCUACAUAUGGAAUGCAAGAUAAUAAUAAUAAAAAAGAACUGAAAUGGACUAGGAGAGCCAAAUCAAGCCUGCCCCUUUUUGGCUUGUUCAACUUCUCCUUCAAUGAUUUUUCUCCACAUCACUCAGACAACUCGCUCACAUUAUCCCCUUUCUCUUUCUGCACCACACGAACAACCCUUCAAGUGGAGGGCUUUGAUGGCUUUCUGCUAGCAGCAACAGGAAUGGAUGGUUAGAGAGAAGGGCUCUCUGUCUCUUUCUUUUCUAAUCCUGGACUGGACUUCUUUUAAAAGGAGUAGCUUGACCGUCCUGGGGACGAAAGAACUCUGAGUCGCUUUGCCAACAAUCUCAUUGAUUUGAAGUAGUGAAAGGCUUAUUAAUGGAUUGGAAUCUGAAAGCUCCUUGGGAUUUGACUGAAUUUGCCCAAGAAACCCUGCCAAGCGACCAUGGGGCUGAUAUGCCAAAUAGCUAUGGGAUUCCUAGUGCAAAAGGAGAAUUUUCGGUUGAUUUGAAGCUGGGUCAAAUGAGUAACACCGUGCACGAACCGGUAAAUAUGUGGAAGGACUCUGCUGUCUCAAAGAUGGCGUCAUCUCCAUCAGGGUCAUCGAAGAGGGCUCGAUCAGCAAGCAAUGGGGGUCAGGCAGUACAUUGCCUUGUUGAUGGUUGCAAUGCGGACCUUAGUAACUGUAGAGAGUACCAUAGGCGCCACAAGGUCUGUGAAGUUCACUCCAAGACUCCUGAGGUGACGAUUAAUGGUAAAAAGCAAAGGUUUUGUCAGCAAUGCAGCAGGUUCCAUUCACUGGAGGAAUUUGAUGAGGGCAAAAGGAGUUGCAGGAAGCGCCUCGAUGGACAUAACAGAAGGCGAAGAAAACCUCAGCCGGAACCCCUAAGUCGGUCAGCAGACAUUUUAUCCAAUUUUCAGGGUACCCAAUCAGUGCCACUCUCUAACUCACAGGUAUAUCCCACUACUGCUGUUGGCAACCCAACAUGGACCGGAGUUGUCAAUCCCGCAGCAGAAGCUGCUCUAUAUGGCCACCACCAACACCUUUUCGGGUCGCCCUCUAGCAUAUAUGGGGGAGGCAAACAAAUUAAGUUCUUGCAAGGGAAUAAUCCCGUGUUGAGCAGCCAAGUGUCUGCCGAACCUUCUGUAUGUCAGCCACUCCCUAGGACGAUUGUUUCGUCUGAUAGUGGUGGGCUUGGCCGCAAUUUGUUCUAUGACCGGCUAGUCAGCGAAUCGGACUGUGCUCUCUCUCUUCUGUCAUCACCACAGAUGCAGACAUCAGGUACUAAUUUCAGCAAUAUGGCGCACCAAAACUCCUACCGUGAUAAUCACAGCUUAGAGCCCUUGGACUCUGUUCGCGUUUCCAAUGGCAGCGGAAGAAAUACCAAUUCCCAGGGAAUGUUCCACUUAGGAUCUGAAGGACGACAAAGAAAUGAAGCCUCUCAAGUAAUUCCCUUUCACUGGGACUAGUAAGCUAUAAGCCCACUCCCCAAUUUCCUGAUGCAUAAUUACUGCAUAUUCAUUCUCAUGUAGAGAUUAUCGUGGUAUUCUUUCUCGUAUGUACACUGUCUGUUUCGGUGAACUCUUCUAAUUGAAGGUAUUAACUACAUUGCCCUCC